GAUGGAAUCCAUGGGGCCCCGGUGCCUCUGCCGAAACCGCUGACUCGUUAUUUGACGGGAAAGACGGUAGCACACCUCCGACACACCCACUCCUCCGAGCCCCAUAGCCCGAAUCCGGUCCUGGACCCGACUCCGAAUCCGACCCUGUCUCCACAUCUUCAGCCCGUUCUCAGCCCGACAACUUUUAGCCGGGCUCAUCUACUUCUCGCCUCUGAGCCGGACUCGACUUUCGCUUGCCAACGCCAAACGCCAGUCAGAUCUUACGGCAUGGCUCCGGCAGGCAUGUCAGGCGACCUGAUGAGCCGGGAAGUGGGCAAACGUCCUGUUGGACUGGAACUUUGUCAGACGGGGCCGACUGCACCUGGACGGUUUUACACUGACCCAAGGAAGACGGAAGAGUUGACCGGUCUCCAGGUAUCUUUUUGGGGACAAGACAAAGAGAGAUUGGCUUCUCGAUUAGUAGAAUGGGUGUAG